CAUAGUGGCUGAGGCUGGGGCCUAUCGUAACCCCUGCUUUUUGGCGUGAUGGGGCCGUUGGUCGCACUCGGCGCCCACAUUUUCACCAAACUUCUGGGACGGUUUCACAGACCCAAGCCGGGCAAAAUGGAGGCUCUGUGUUUGUGCUCGAGACGAGUGAGAUUGUGAUGUGGCGCCCUGCCUAACCUUUCUGCAUGUGGUUUACGCAUGCAUUGCUUGAGAUUUGGUGCUUCUGCUUUCCCAAAGACUUUCUUCCCAGCUCAUCCACUUCAGCUCGCCGGAACCUUACCCGGGGCGGGGGUCCUAACCGUCAUCGCGCCACCGCGACUCAGACACCCGACUGCAGGUAGAAACAAAAUAUGGCCCGCUAUGGCAGCGAAUUCACAGACUACAUCCGUGGCCCGCGCCGGCCACCGCCCCUGGCCCACAUCCGGGGCUUCGACGACCCUCACCGGCCCCGCCGGCCACGCAACUUGAACUCAGCCUCCCGUCCCGACGACCGCAUCAUCGGCGGCGAAGGGGACGUGGAGGUGCGCAUCGUCAACGGCAUAAUCGACGAGCAGCCCGACCGUCCGCUCAACAUCAACUUCAACUACGGCCCCGUCCACUUCCACCAGACCUGCGCCUGCCCCAACCCGUCCCAGGGGGGGCACACCUGCGCUCCUCUUCCCGGACCAAACGGGAACGGGCCCAUCAGCAGAUCCAAUAUCAGCAGUAGUAGUAUCAGACGACACACCCUCACCUACCCAUAUCAUGACCCUCCUCCACCGGACGACGACAGGCGCCGCCGUCCCGGCCCACCACCACCACCACCACCGCCAUCACGACCAGCACUAGCACGCCCAAGGGUACGCUUCCUCACCCGCUCCUCCGCCGAGAGGAGCCCCUCCCCGCCUCCGGGGCCGUCUUCACGCAACACGGUGAUGAUCCUGCCCUCGUCCGACUCGUCCUCGGAACUGGACGAGCCGCGCACCACCACGGUCACGACUACUCGGACGAGCAUCACCGUUGGAAUCUGCGAGGGCUGUUGGACCCGUCGCCGGCUCGUGUCGGAUGAGUACUGUGCUGAGUGCGAGGACUUCGCCAAUGGUGGUAGUACUAGCGGUGGUGGUGGUGCACUGCCGGCGCGGUCGGUGAGAUCGGCGCUCGGACCUGGGAGGCGGAGGAGGGAUUCUACUCUGGGUGGUGGUGGGGUGAGGUAUGUCACUACUGCUACUGGUAUGGGGAACAGGGAGGAAGAGGCGGUGAGGAGGGAGAUGCGGGAGCGGGCGAGGGAGCGGGAGAGGGAGCGGGAGCGGUGGAGGAGGGAGGCGGAGCGGGAACGGAAGCGGGAGCUGAGGAGUGGGAUUAGACGAGGGGUGAGGUGGGAUGAUGAUGUCGAGGUGAGGGAUAUAGCCCCCGUCAGGGAGAGUAUCUCGCUUUACUCCGGCAGACCCAGGGACGCGGCGCAUUAUAGUGAUUCGGAAGGGGAUAGCGAGUGGUAGGUGCCGGUGUGGAUCGUUUGGAUUUAGUCGUGCAGGAGUCGGAGUAUGGUUGCAAGCGAAGAUAAAAGACAGAACGGUGACGAGCUCACGAUGUUAUGAUCACAUAGACGGCGAGCGCAAGGAACGUCAUCAUAGAGCCUUGGCAGUUAGGUAGUUUGAACGCGUAAGAGAUUUGAGUACUACUAACUAGAAAUCAAAAGCUAAGGGCUCUGGGGUGCAAUACAGCGCGACCUCAGAAGAUAUAAGUGUGGA